ACCAUCCGUUUUUUGACCCACUCGUCCAAAACGAAACAAAGAAUUUUGAUUUCAAUUCCUCUGUAACUGGGAGAUCGAUGCUAUGCGUGUGAAGCACCAGCUAAUAUCGAAAUUUGACGAUUGUUGAGAGCAAAUGACCGGGGCAGGACACGCGGUGGAACACGUCGGAUUACCCAAGAUGGAGUCGUCCACCACCUCGACUUCGACCCGCUCCAGUUGUUGUAACCCGGUCAAGAGAUCGGGUCCGGUUACCAUGGAUCAUGUACUGUUAGCAUUGCGAGAAAGCAAAGAAGAGAGAGAUGUUCGGAUUCGGGGCUUGUUUAAUUUCUUUGAUGCGGCAGAUAUCGGGUAUUUGGAUUAUGCACAGAUCGAGAAGGGUUUGUCGGCUCUUCAGAUUCCGCCGGAGUAUAUUUACGCCAAAGAUUUGUUGAAAGUGUGCGAUGCGAAUAGAGAUGGACGCGUGGAUUAUCACGAGUUCAAGAGGUAUAUGGAUGACAAAGAGAUGGAGCUUUAUAGGAUGUUUCAAGCAAUCGAUGUCGAACACAAUGGUUGCAUUUUGCCUGAGGAGCUUUGGGAUGCUCUUGUUAAGGCUGGGAUUGAAAUUAGUGAUGAUGAACUUGCCCGAUUUGUUGAGCAUGUGGAUAAGGAUAAUAAUGGAAUCAUAACUUUUGAAGAAUGGCGGGAUUUCCUUCUACUCUAUCCUCAUGAAGUGACAAUUGAGAACAUAUAUCAUCACUGGGAAAGGGUAUGCCUUGUAGAUAUUGGAGAACAGGCUGUUAUUCCAGAAGGUAUCAGUAAACAUGUUCAGAGAAGCAAAUUUUUUAUUGCAGGAGGAAUUGCAGGAGCUGCUUCUCGUACUGCAACUGCGCCUCUUGAUCGUCUGAAAGUGGUUUUGCAAGUCCAGACAGGAAAUUCUCGUAUCGUGCCUACUAUUAGAAAGAUAUGGAAGGAUGAGGGUUUGUUGGGGUUUUUCCGAGGUAAUGGGUUAAAUGUCCUGAAGGUUGCACCUGAAAGUGCCAUAAAGUUUUAUGCAUAUGAAAUUUUAAAAAAUGUAGUUGGAGAUAUUAUGGGGGAAGACAAGGAUAAUAUAGGCCCUUCCGGUAGACUUUUGGCCGGUGGUAUGGCAGGUGGAGUGGCACAAACUGCUAUCUAUCCAUUGGAUCUUGUAAAAACUCGGUUACAGACGUGUUCCCUUGAAGGUGGAAAGGCCUUGAAGUUGGGGACUUUAACAAAGGAUAUCUGGGUUCAUGAGGGUCCUCGGGCCUUCUAUAAAGGUCUUGUUCCUUCUCUUCUUGGGAUUAUCCCUUAUGCUGGCAUUGACCUUGCUGUCUAUGAAACUCUGAAAGAUUUGUCUAAGAGUUACUUUUUUCAUGAAAGCGAACCUGGCCCUAUUGUGCAGCUGGGUUGUGGUACAAUUUCAGGAGGUCUUGGAGCAACAUGUGUUUAUCCAUUGCAGGUUAUCAGAACCAGAAUGCAAGCUCAACGCUCUAAUUCUGCUGCUGCUUAUAAGGGAAUGUCUGAUGUAUUUUGGAGAACCCUUCAUAAUGAAGGUUAUAGAGGUUUCUACAAAGGAAUUUUUCCGAAUCUUCUCAAGGUUGUGCCUGCUGCGAGCAUUACAUACUUGAUUUAUGAAGCUAUGAAAAAGAGUCUAGAUCUUGGCUGAGGCAGUGUUCUGGUGAUCAGCAGAUCACUAGACAGCGGUGAAUUUGAUAAGUAAAAUUAGUAAAUAAACAAGUAGUUGAUCGGGUUAUUCAAGCAAUAUGACAGACUAUGGUUCCCCUGUAUUGUGUGGGCCACAUGAUUUUUGUAGUCAAAGAAGUUCUACCCCAGGCUUACUAUAUCUGACUGUUGAGAAAAAAAAAAUUACAUGAUAUAAUUGUAUCUGAUCACAUAGUAAUAAGUACAAUCCCUCCUCCUUUUUCCUCGUCUA